AGGUCAGAUGAAGGCAGGUUAUUAUGCUGCAUGGAAGGGUUUUCAUCCCAACACGACUGAGUGGAUACGAGGGCAGAGCAAGAGCAAAAACUCUUACAACCCCCUGGAAUGGGGUUGGAAGGAUACGUUUCUUCUUUUCACCUGCCAAGUCUAAGAAGAAAGAAUAUUCUGAACGCCGGCUCCUUGGGUACUCGAUGGAGCAGAUGUUCCGAGUGGUGGCAGAAAUAGAACACUACAAAAACUUUGUACCGUGGUGCACGCAAUCGGAUGUGGUAGCUCGUCGUCCAGGCCACAUCACGGCCCGCAUGCAGGUGGGAUUCCCCCCGCUGUCGGAAUCCUACACAUCGAGCAUCACACUCACCCCCCCAAACCUGGUGAGGUCAGAGUGCACUGACGGAUGGCUCUUCAAUUACCUUAUCGCCCUUUGGAAGUUCUCCCCCGGAAUGAAGACAAAUCCCCAGACUUGCACGCUGGACUUCUCUGUGGCUUUCGAGUUUCGCUCGGCCCUUCAUUCGCACUUUGCUCAGGUGUUCUUCAAUGAAGUGGUGAGGCAGAAUGUGAAUGCAUUUCUCAAGGAAGCAAGGAGACGCUAUGGAAAGGAGUGUAUCAAGAGUCAGAAACCUCAAGUCACAACAUAUGUUUCU